AUGAAUAGUAUUAGUUAUCAACUGCAACUAGUACAACUAGAACAACUAGAACAAUCAAGUCAUGUAAAGAAUACAGAUUUGUUUUUUACAAUCUUUAGAAAUAUAUUUACAAGAAGUUUAUUGUGGAGAAUGAUUCAAAAGGAUUUACAUCAGUCGGGAUGGACUAGAGGUUCUAAACUAAGAACUGCAUCGUUAAAGACACUUGCUAUCCAUGGACUGGAAGAUCAGUUUCUUCAGCAGUGGGAGACCAUGCAAGUGGGACGUUCACACCAUUUGAUAAGUAGGACUGGACGAAUGGCAGACCUCAUCUAUACGGCAAUGACGAGUAACAUGUGGCGAGUAGUUAAAAAGUUGGCCAUCUAUCACCUCAAAGCUGUAAAGAUACGAAUCAUUGCACAAAAGGGAAAUUUGGAUAUGGUUAAAUUCAUGGUGGAGAAUGGGUUUGCCAAGAUGAAUGGUGGACCUCUAUUUAGUGCAAUGGAGAAUGGUCAUUUGGAAGUGGUCGAGUAUUUGUUUGGUGUUAAUCCAUAUCGCAGAAACAAAUUUUGGUAUGAAGCUACUUGCAAGACCGCUGCCAACGGUCACUUGCAUGUCAUUCGAUUCCUCAAUGCAAAUGGUGUCAGUGAGGCAUUCAGACCACCUCGACACAAAUCAAAAGAUUGGCUCUUUGCAGGAGACCUUUUGUCGCGUUCAAUCGAUAGCAACAACGUCGAACUUGUCCGAUAUUUAUACACCUACUUUUACAAGGACAACCAAAAGUAUACAUGCCAUAGUUUGAUUACCAAGGCAAUGGAUAGUGGUAAUAUCGACAUUGUAAACUAUAUUCGUGAGAAUAUUCCCCUCGACCACACCAUCACUACGUUUGGUCGUAUUCACAAGGAUCUCAUCGACCGACACGAUCUCAUCCAGAGUAUUGUCGCGACCAAUAGAAUCGCCAUGAUAACACUCAUCUUUUCGCUCAUUGCUUCGUCGAGGAUGGAAGAUGAUGAGAUUAAACUCGGCCAACAAAUCCGAUCGCUCCUAACACUCUACAAAGAAAGCAAUCCUUUUUACCUUAAUGAUGGUGGUGGCAAAUUCGAGAUCAAAGGGCUACUAGAAAAAUGUUUGUUUUACAAUAAACUCACUCUAUUUAGUGAGUUUGUCAAAGACGAAGGGUAUAUUUUGGAGGAUCAAAGUAAUGGACCUGCGCUCAUCUCGAAACGACAAUUUCAGGCAUUUAAACUGCUCGUCACUUUCUUGCCACUUACAACCGACAUACAUUUCACAUCGGCCUUUGCCAUAGCCCAAUCAUCCAACUUGGAGAUGGUCAAGUGGAUGGUCCAAAACCGCCAUCGAUUCCAAUUCAAUCUCCAAUCUUUACUUAUCAUUUCAACUUGCUCCACAACAUCACCAGGCAACCUAGAGGUGAUGGCCUAUCUUUAUGAUUUAUACCAAAACCAAAGUCAUCUAUCAAAUAUACCUUUUAUCAACGAUAGAUCUUAUUUACCGUACGCCUAUACUAGAGAAAAGGAUUUAUUAGUAUUAACUGCAAUUCUUCAUCAAAAUGAAAUGGUAAAAUUAUUAUUAUCAUCAGGACAUACUUAUUCUCCAAGUGUAAUGGAUCAUUUUGCAGCAGUUGGAGAUUUGGAAUUUAUCAAAUAUCUUUGUAAUUUGGGACACAAAUGUACAGACAAGGCAUUUGCCAAUGCUUGUGAAAAGGGGUAUUUGGAAACUGCAAAGUUUCUUUAUGAAACCUUUGAAGAAUGUAGAACCACACAAGCAUCAUUGACUAGUGUUGUCUCUAAAGGUCAUCUAUCCAUUGUUCAAUAUCUGACGAGUAUAGGAACUUAUGAUCAGGCUACCAUUGAAAUAUCGGUUGGUCUUGCCAUCCAUAACAAUGACAUGCCAAUCAUAAGAUAUCUCCUUGGUAUCACACCAGAAAAGUGGGAUAAUAAGGCAAUGAAGCCAUUUUAUCAAAAGGCAAUAGCACUUAUGAAUCCAUCAUUUAUAACUUUAUUUGGUCAAUCUUAUUUUAAAUAA